AUGGAGGUGCAAGGUAAACCUCUGCCCGGCGGCAGAUCGACCCCUUCCAGCGCGGCCCGCUCGGGGGUGUCGGUGUCCCGAGAGCUGCUGACGGCGGGGAGCGGCGGCCUUGGAGGGAUAUGGGACAAGUUGCUCAUCAACUCCAAACCGAAUUCCAGAAAGGAUUCUACUCUGAAGACAGUUCGGAUAGGGCGGAGUCCUUUGUUGGACCAAGUACGGACCUUUCUUCCGCAGAUGGCCCAAGCAAAUGAGAAGUUAAGAAAAGAAAUGGCAGCUGCACCCCCAGGCCAGUUUGAUAUUGAAAACGUUGAUGGGACUCUUGAAAAAAUUAUACAAAUGGAUGUCGCCUUGUUUGAGAUGGACCCGUCUGACUCAAAGGAAGAGGACAGUUCAGAAGAGACUGAGGAUAGCUCAGAGAACAGCUCGGAAUCAGAGGAUGAGGAUGCCAGCCUUCCUCAGGAGGUCACCAUAGACAAUAUCAAGCUUCCCAAUUCAGAAGGUGGAAAAGGCAAGAUCCAAGUUUUGGACAGUCCUCCAAGUAAAAAAAUGAAACAGUAAAUUGAAGGACCUGGGAAGAAUCUCAUGGCAUCCGCCUGCCAAUCCCUGUGA